AUUAGAAUUAGUUGCUGAAAUUUACGUGUUUGUUAUACUUUGAUCAUGUCAAGGAAGAUUUGGCUUGUGUUAAUGACACUUCUUGGAGUAGAUCUGCUCAGUAAACAAAUCAUAGUUUAUUUAAAUACAAAGUUCGUGUCAUCUACGAAUAACAAGCUACUAAAGGCGAAUAAACAACUAAUGUCAUGUUUGGGUGCCCUUAAUAAUUAUCUCAAUGCGUCAGGAAAGACACGGCGUCUUCAACAAAAUCAAAACAUCGAUUUUCCCUUUCUUCGUUCAGUUAAUCAACCUAAUAAUGAAAAGGAAGUUUCGCCUUUUGACAGUUUUGAUAAUUCCAGGGUGUUUGCCGUAAACCAAGAAGGCCUCAAUGCGAAACCAUCUCGAACAUUAGUUGGAAGUCGCAAUGUUGAGCAUGAGCAGUUGCUAAAAUUUGCGGUUGAAAUGAUCAACUAUAAUAUUGAGGGCUCUGAAAUAAAGGCACAAGACCUGGUCAAUGGCAUAAGUGGACUAGACCGUGUUUCAGAUAAUGAAUCAUCAAAAAGCAUUGCUUUGGAAAAAGGUGUACAUUCUUGGGAAAAUGGAAAUGAUAUCAUGUUCUUUUGUGACGUGGACAUGUACUUUGAUACUGCCUUUUUGGACAGAUGUCGGUUUUAUACAGAGCCGGGCAAAAUGGUGUAUUUUCCAAUCGUGUUUAGUUUAUACAAUCCAAUUUUAAUACAUGGAGGUAGUGUUAAAAAUAUAAAGGAAUCGUUAAGGCACAAUGAAAACCAUGGAUAUUGGCGUACUUACGGAUUUGGAAUGGUUUGUUUUUAUAAGAAUGAUUUUAAGGGAAUGGACUUAUCGAUACGCGGAUGGGGUGGCGAAGAUGUCAAACAUUUUCGAAGAUAUCUAAAUGAUAAGACAUUAGCAGUAAUUAGAGUACCUGACAGAGGAAUUUUUCAUCUUUAUCAUCCUAAAAGCUGUGAUCCGACAUUAUCUAAUCGGCAGCUUCGUGCAUGCUUACAAGUUAAGGCAAGGUCAGAAGGAUCGAAGGCUCAAAUGUCGAAACUGGCGUUCGGAAAUUUUAUUUACGGAAAAGAUCAAAUGGAUUGGAAAAUAGAGCUUAACAAUAUAUUUAAAACUGGAAAGUCCGUCAACAAGUGGCUUAUUGAAACGUCGGCAAUGGAGAAAUCUACAAAUCGGUUUGAAGCAUUUAUUAAGACAUUCAUUUUAGAAAAGCAGAAAAACACCAGUUAUGACAAUCUUUUGGAAAAGUUACAAAAAACUCUUGGCAAUGUUUCAAAUCUACUGCAAGAGAUAACAAGAUCCAACUUAACUCAGAUUUAAAUAAUGGCAUAAACUAACGCACAAAGCACUUUUCUAAUUGGUGUAGAUAAGAAGCGUCACAGAUAGUGGAGGUCUGUUAGUUGUAUGCGGGGAUUGCCAAUGAUUUAUUCUAGGAGUUUGACAGUACUUUGAACGAGCUUUGUCUUUCAGGAUGUAUUUUUGACCUCAUUAAUUAAACAAGUAAAAUGCA